CCGAGUUGAACUCGAUGAAAUGUGACAUACCAUUUCCUAUAGAUUAUCUGUGUUUACCUGUGCCGGGCAGAACACACAGACUCCACGUUCAGACUCAGACUUUCGUCGGUUGUAAACAGGCCUACCCAUCACCAUGUCACGCUUAUUGUCACUGUGCGGAUAACUUUGUAAAUAACCACAGUCACCAGAUUCUAACAUCGUAUCAUCACCUGUCUAAAACCAGAGCCUCGACAUGGGUUGUGGGCCGUCCCACCUUGUUAAUGGCGAAGAGGGAGGAGCCACAAACACACCACGUGACAAACCUAAACCACAAGAAACCAAAAAUUUAUCCAAUGGCCACCCCCCAGCAGUGAACGAAAAUAACGCAAGGAAUAAACAGAUCAAGAACAGCACGGACACAAAUGACAACCGAAAUGAUGUCAUCACAAACAAUCAACCAGCCUUCCCAAAGAGUAUUAGCUUUGCUGUGGGGAUGGAUGGAGAGGAGAAGAACAGCCUGAUAGCCAAACAUCCUCCAAUGAAGCUAAAGCGACUGGAACCCUUGAACAUGCCGAUACUAACCCCGGAGCUUCUAAAAGAAAAACAAAGGAUUGCAGAUGAAAAACGUGAUAAGGAAUUGCAACGUAAAGUGAGUGCUUCAAGAAAGUCUUCUAAGCGACGACGAGAGCUGAUGGCAGCUAAAGAUUUUGAAUUACAACAAUUGCAGGAACAAGAACAGUCGAAAAUGCAGUCGGCGGAGACAUUACGACUUGCAAAACUGAAUGAAAUAAAAGAGAAACAGAAAAUACGAGAAGAACGUGCCAAGAGGGCCAGGGAAAAGGCCCAACGAAUGAAGCAAGCUGAACAAGCAGACCUAGGCAUUUUGGAGGUAGAAAAAGAUGACCAUUAUAACGCUGACGAUGUCGAUUCCUGGUUAGAUGGCGACAACAAUAAUGCAAGAGAAGACCAAUCUGAUAUGGGCGACAGAGUUUACUCAGGAGGACGAUGUAGUCCUCAGAAGCAGAUGCAAGAUACGACUAGUCACCGUUACCCCAGUGCUAGUACCGUAGAUAGUUUCGACAAUGCUUAUAACAGAAAACCGCCCAGUGCAUCAGCACCUCGCCAGACACAGCUACCAGAAGAGACGGACGACUUCUUCGAUUCCUGACACUAAAUGGUGUCACACAAUAGAGUAUAUUAUAAUUUGUUAAAGUGUCAUAUUGCUCAACUGAAAGGAACAUCCUUUUCUGGCCCUGCUCACAUAAUAAAAGUUUCUGAUUCCAAGGUAGGAUAAUCAUAAUAUUUUUAGUCGUUUUUUAAAGAAAUAGUUAUUGAGAUUUUUUUCGAUGAAAUGUUUAUAUGAUAGCAACGGAUAUGUAUCGGUAAGUACGCGUAUGUAAUUAUUGAAGGAAUGAUUUCCGGUCUAUGUAAAUAAUCAUCAAUUUGAGUUCUUAUCGUCAGAACAGUUUCUUACAUAACUAAAACAAUCUUGUAAUAUGUUUGUUUUCUUAACAUAACAUAGCUGGAUAAUUCUUUUUCAUUAUCAUUUCAGUUGGAAAUAUUUCGUUUAAACCAUUGCAAGUAUAUAUCUACAAAUUCAUGCAGAUUAAGCCACGCUUAAGAAUUAAAAUAUCAGCAAAUCUUAUUGUUUUAUACGUAUGCACUUGGGCGUCAGACGCCAGAAGAUGUUGGUCUAUAACAAAAAGAGUAAACUAAUACCGUUAGUAUGGAAACACGUUAUAAAUGACAACCAAACUUUUGAUUGUUUGAUAAAGCUAUACAUGUUCAGUUGCAAAUUUAGGUCAAAGAGUUUUCCCUGACUAUCCUAUGGACAUCAUAUGGUAUCAAGUCAUGUAAAGUAAUUUGAUAAAAUGUUGAGGUUAAGUAUAACGUCUAAGGUAUAAAAAAUGUUUCAAGAUGUAAUAGUAUGGAAUAUUUAAGUCUUUUAUCCUGAUUAAAUGCAUGUUUCUGAUAAAUCCUGAUUUCAACAGUAAAACAGUGAAUACAUCAAUAAAAUAAAUAAAAUGAACGAAUUAUAUCAAUAUAUACCUAACGCUUUUGUGACAUAUUGAUAUGCUACUUUUCUAAGAAAAAUGGGAUAAACUGUUGAGCUGGGAUCAACUGUAGUAAGAGACAUUUUGUUUCAGAGGUUGUAAAUAAUAUGAUAUGCCUCUGAUGUAUCUAUGUUUAUUAGCCUUCGGAAGUGCCUGUAUUACCACAGACUCUUUGAUAUGAUAGCCAAGUUAUUUGGACGAGUGCGAUUUGUGAGUGUAUUUAUAAGGUGGAGUAAGAGUACAAGAUGAUACAGUAUUAAAACUUGGAACAUGAAGCCAGUGUUUAUGUGAGUGUUUGUAAAUCAGGUUGAAUUGUGAUUUUAGAUAUCAGCAUGUUCGUUGAUAAUAUUGAUUUUUUCUCUGGUAUAAAUAUUUCAUUUUAAUUCUUAUUCAAUUGUGGAAUAUUUGUACUAUAUCUGUCAGUUUAUCUUACAUUCACUGCCUGGCGCCAGAACAAUGAUUGUUUUCUUGCACCUUAUACAGAGUUUUAACAAUAAAACAAUUAGGUGAUUAACGUAAUGGCAACACUAAAGAGAUAGUUAUAUUACUCUAUUCACUUACAUAAAUAUAACAGAAAGAUUGUGCUAAUACACAAUGCAGUCAAAACAAUUAUUUGCAGUCAAGACGGCGGGUUUUAAACUCGAGAAACUGUCUUCUAGAAAUCACUUAUGUAAUAUAAACAAUUUGCACAUCAUUAACUUUCCUUUAUAAGUAAACUUCAUUGAAGAAGAAUGGAGUAUUAUAGUGAUUACGUGGUUUGUACACAGCAGAAAUUAUGAUAAUUGGACAUCAGGAAAAGCAUAACUAAUUAGGUUUAUGCGUAGUUUCUCACGUCACCUGUCUAUUUCAAUUAUCUGUCUUUUAUUAUCUUCGUGUUAAUGACAAUGACAAUGUUUAGAUUAAAACCUGUGAUAACGAAGUACAAUGGCAUCUUUCAACAAGUAAAUCAGAUAUCCAGACUUUCUAUUUUUCUCUAGGGACCUGAACAAUGAUAUUAGUGUACCUUGAUAUUUCGACACCGCGAUAUGAUGAAAAUCGACUGUCAAAAGUUACGUGUAUUUGAUCUGCCCAUGUUAUUUGUUUUAUCAUUGAUAAACACUAUACUGCCUAAAAUGUGUUAAUCAACAUUGCAUUGCAAUGAACUUUGAUUAUGUUUAGGAUUAUUAUAAAUAAGUAGUUAUUAGUGUACAUAUUUAAUUUAUUUUCCAUACACACGUGUUUCCUAAAGUACACACUUAAUAGUGUUCAUACGCGUCCACAUUGUAUGACAUUUAUAACCUCAUUAUCAAAUUGUGGCAAUUCCAUAGAUUAGGUUUGACUUAUUUGAUUCAAUUGAUAUGGUGCUUUGUAUUUAUAUAUUAUUGUCAAAGUUAUUACUUUAGAUAGGUGUGUGCAUUUCUGUGUUGAAGUGAUCUUGUCAAAUUGUUUAGUCUAACUUAUAAAUCGUAUAAUAGGGCUUUUGUAGUAGUCAAUUUUCAGACCAAUUUUGUCUAUGCUUUUUAACUGCAAAUAUAAAAUACGAAAAAAACA